GUCCUCUAUUUCCUCAUAUCUGCGGUCGAAUCCGGAGACGCCCCUCCGUUCCUCCCAACCAUUGUUGCCCUGCUGCCACCUCUGCUCUCCAUUGAGGAAACCCCCAACACGGACCUCUCUCUCCUCGCCAAGCAAUGCCUCGCCUACACCAAGUACCUGCCCCUCCCUGCAACCGCCGUGCCAGCAGCAGCAGCAGCGGUGCAGGCAGCAGCACAGUCAAGCAACUGGAAGGAGAGAGCUGCUGCGCUGUCGUUCUGCCAAAGCUUUGUCUUCCGCAAUGGCUUCCUUCUCUCACCCACCGACCUCUCAUCUCUUCGUGAAGCUGUCAUUACCUGCUUGCAAGACCCACAGCCAGAGGUGCGUGACAUGUCAUCUGCCACGCUGGCGGGCCUUUUCAAAGCAGCCCCUCAGGGUGACACGUGGCCAGCUGCCAUUCGCCAAAGCUUCAUCCAAUCAGCUGCAUCCACACUGAAGGCCUCGAGAGCCGCCCGCAGGCGUGCCAAUGGCGGAAAGUCGUUGGAUGCUGACUCAGCAGCAAAGGCGGCAACACGGACGGUCAAGAUGCAUGGAUCGGCACUUGGGCUUGCAGCUGCCGUGCGAUCAGCACCGUACGAUGUUCCACUGUGGUUACCAGACGUGCUGCUGUCGCUCGCCAGCCUGGCAGGAGAGCCUGCCCCAGUUGGCCCUGCGGUGGGGAAGGCCCUGGGAGACUUCAAGCGCACACACGCAGACAGCUGGCACAUCCAUAAAGAGGCGUUCAGUUCUGAGCAACUGGAGGUUAUCAAUGACCUAUCUUCAACAGUGGGUUAUUUUGUGUAG